AUGGACGUUCAACAGCAAGGCCACCAGAGUCGCAACUUUGCCAUUACAAAGUCAAAGCUGCAGCACAUGAAACACGACCCCUCAGUGUCUAUCGAUGAUUUCAUUUCAAAAAUGCUCGUAUCCACUGAUAAUCUUACUGGGAGGUCGCCGGCUCAGCUAAAAUUCCCAAAACAAUACUCAGUUAUGGAGACUGGACAUAUUUCAUUCACUCCGUCGCCUUCAAGUCCGAAUCAGGUUCCUGAUUCCGCCUCAGAUGAUGCUUGGGAUAAUUUUAAGUCAUCGUUGGGUUCAAGCUCGUUCAUGCAGGCAAGAAUCACCGAAGAGGAUAAGGUCCCUACCUUUGACGUUGACUUUGAUGGUUUUACUUCAUGUAAAUCAGUUAAUCAACCCUCCAAUCCAACUCCAAUUGUGACGCCUGUUUUCGAUUCCUCAAGUCAAAAAUCGGGUUUGUCUCUUGGGGUCAUUGCUCCUCUUAACAUCCCCAAUUCAUCAGAUCCAAAUCAGACACUGGACUCACCGGGAUCAUUUGACGAGUUUUCAGAUUUUGUUGGCUCUGGACCUCCGCUCUCUCCAUCCACUACGGAAAAAUUUCCAAUCGCUUCACAUGAGACUAAGAAUGCUACGCACAUUAGUUCUUCUACCGCUCCGGCGCUCUCUCAGGAGCAACUUUUUUCAAAAUCCACACUCCAAGAAACGGAUCCAGAAGAUGGAUUCGAAGAUUUCCAAGCCUGCGCUUACGAAUCGCCAUUCAUGGUGGAACAAAUUAAGCAAUUACCUACAGAGGAGUGGUUAAAGUGUCUAUCAGAGUGUCGCAGUAUGCUUUCCGAAUCGGUCUCUAUUUUGUCAUCUCUUGUGAACGACUCCGAUGUGGAUGCCUUCUUGGCUACUCCUCGUGGCAAUGAAUUCAUCCUCGAGUUGAUUGAAAUCUAUGGAAUCAUCCAACGCAUUCGUUUGGCCGCCUCUCUUAACGAUCUGCUGGAUUCACAAUUACAGUCAGUAUUUAACCAAAUUGAUCGUGUUUGGGGUGAUUUGGCAAGAUUUGUGAAAAAUCAAGAUCACAAGCUCUGCAAAACAUCUAAUCCUCUUCAGUCGACACUGAAGCGCCGUCUUGCUCAAUCCGUUGAGGCUGCAAACAUGAUGAAUACUCUCUCCGUGGAGCCUAACUGUGGGGUCUGUGUGACUCCUGUUCCUGCCCCUUCCACAGCGGAGGCGGAACCGGGAACCGCUGUCAUCUCCCUUGCUGGUCGGGUUUACCACGCACCCUGCGCCAAUCUCUGGGUUAACCGAAUUGAACUCUCUCUUCCAGCUCUUCGAGUCCGCUGA